AGAAGCAGACAGAACAAUGCACGGACAGAGGAGAAUGAGCAUCCAAGGGAAGCUGCUGAAAGCAGAAUUGUAGAGCUGUCUCCAGGGACAAAGCAUCGAGAAGGAUACCCACCUGCAACGGGGAGGAAGCAGGACUAUGGAGCACUAAGCUGGGGAAGCCAGCAUGUCAGAAUUGGAGAAAGGGAGAGGGCUCUUGGGAUGCUGAGAAAUCAGACAGGCACACGCAGGAAUUUGGACAGAAAAACGACUUUCAUGCAUUAGCCAGCUCAUUGGUUUACUAUUGCAAGCAGUACAACAUGAAUGGCAUGAUGCUGCAGCACUAGUCAAUGCUAGAGGAGUGGACUGAUGCUGGGAAUAGAAAACCAGGAGACAGUCAGACCUUGUGUGUGGGAGGAAUACGGUGUUUCACACUGCCAUAUCCUGCUGGGAGCAGCCAGAGUGGGGGUUGCAGUGAUUCACAGUGAGGAGGGACCGAGUGCUUGGAGCCUUCUCCGGGAAAGGUUGCUCUGAGAGAAGUGAGAUCCAGGUAUUCCAAGGGAGAGCAGAUGGAGAUGUCAAGCGAAAGAGUAUGGUGACUGCCCUACAGCACUGGGUCAUCACCUACUGUCUCCACCUUGCCAGCCAAACCAGCAGCUGGCCCUGUAAUGCUGCUGUGGUUCUGCCUUCCUGACAAUGCCCCAGAGUCCUGUGUCAAGCGAGGAGGAGAGGAGGAGCAUCUCCGGAUACCCUGGGGGAGAGUCGGACUCAGACAGCUCCAGAGAGGACCCGGUCCCUGGAGGGAAAAGCAAUCCCACUUCUGCCACCAGCAAUAUUAGCCCUAACCCUCUUUCAUCGUCCUCGGUAGCUGCACGGAGAAUAAAGGAGAGAUCCAUGUCUGUUCCCGACGACUCUAACUUCAGCAUGAUGGUCUUUCGCAUCGGCAUUCCUGACCUGCAUCAAACAAAAUGCCUCCGAUUCAAUCCAGAUGCCACUAUUUGGGUAGCAAAGCAGCAGAUUUUGUGUACUCUGAAUGAGAGCCUGAAGGAUGUCCUCAACUAUGGCCUCUUCCAACCAGCGACCAACGGGAGAGAUGCCAAGUUCCUGGAUGAAGAGCGUCUCCUUCGAGAGUAUCCACAGUCUUUUGAGAAGGGGGUUCCAUAUUUGGAGUUCCGCUAUAAGACAAGAGUUUACAAACAGACUAACCUUGAUGAAAAGCAAUUGGCCAAGCUCCACACCAAGGCUGGUCUCAAGAAGUUUGUGGAGUAUGUACAACACGGCUCUGGUGAGAAAGUGGCCAGAUUGCUGGACAAAGGCCUAGACCCCAACUAUCAUGAUUCUGAAACUGGAGAGACGCCGCUGACCCUGGCUGCACAACUUGAGGUGACUGUGGACAUCAUUAGGAUGCUGUGCCUGGGAGGUGCCCACAUUGAUUUCCGAGCCCGGGAUGGGACUACGGCUCUGCACAAAGCUGUCUGCUCCCGAAACUACAACGCUCUAAUGACACUUUUGGAUCUGGGUGGUUCUCCGAAUUACAAGGACCGGCGGGGUCUUACUCCUCUGUAUCAUACCGCCAUGGUAGGUGGGGACCCCAGGUGUUGCGAGCUGCUGCUCUAUAACAGAGCUUACAUUGGCACACUGGAUGAGAACGGCUGGCAAGAAAUCCACCAGGCUUGUCAGCAUGGCCACUCACAACACCUAGAGCAUCUUCUAUUUUAUGGAGCCGAUCCUGCUGUCCAAAAUGCUUCAGGGAACACAGCUCUGCAUAUCUGUGCCCUGUACAACAAGGAAACCUGUGCUCGAGUGCUGCUGUAUCGUGGGGCGAGCAAAGAUAUCAAGAAUCACAGCGGCCAAACCCCCUUCCAGGUAGCUGUUAUUUCAGGAAACUUUGAACUGGGGGAGUUGAUAAAAAGUCACAGAGAUACUGAUGUUGUCCCCUUCCAGGAAUCUCCUUCCUAUGCUGUCCAUCGUAGGGAGGGUGGAAAAGCUCUCUCUGUGCCCCACGUUCUCCUUCGUGCCAACAGUGAUAACAGCCUCUCACUGCCCGACUGGAUGGUCUUCUCUGCUUCCACUGCCAACACUGUCACUCUGCAGGGACAAAAGGUCUCAGGGGGAACUCUGCGAAGCUCCAGUAGCCCAAGGGGAGCGCGAAGUCGGUCACCUUCACGGAGUAGCCACACAGAGGAGUCCAAGAAACAACCGCGUGGACGUCCCAGUUCCAGUGGUUCUUCCAAAGAGGCUCCUGCUGGCGGGACUGUGAAUCACCGCAUGAAGCGUAAGCUGUACUCGGCAGUGCCUGGACGCACAUUUGUGGCCAUAAAACCUUACCAGUCCCAAGGAGAAGGAGAAAUCUCUCUCAGCAAAGGAGAAAAGGUCAAAGUUCUUAGUGUGGGUGAAGGAGGAUUUUGGGAAGGAAAUGCCAGAGGUCGCACCGGCUGGUUCCCUUCAGACUGCGUGGAGGAAAUUGCCACAAAACCCCAGGAAGGAAAACAAGAGAGCCGGAGUGACAAAGCCAAGCGGUUGUUUAGACACUACACGGUUGGAUCAUACGACAGCUUUGAUGCUCCCAGUGACUACAUUAUUAAGGAAAAGACUGUGCUGCUGCAGAAGAAGGACAGCGAAGGGUUCGGCUUUGUGCUGAGAGGAGCAAAGGCACAAACCCCAAUUGAAGAAUUCACUCCUACUCCGGCCUUCCCAGCGCUCCAGUACUUGGAAAGUGUGGAUGAAGGGGGAGUGGCCUGGAGAGCAGGGCUCAGGAUGGGGGACUUUUUAAUUGAGGUGAAUGGGCAGAAUGUGGUGAAAGUGGGUCAUCGGCAGGUAGUUAACAUGAUUCGGCAAGGAGGAAACAACUUAAUGGUAAAAGUCGUUAUGGUGACGCGGAACCCUGAAAUGGAGGAUGCCAUGCGGAAAAAAGUACCCCAACAAACAAAGCGUGUUACCCCACCUGCAAUAUCCCUGCGCUCCAAAUCGAUGACAUCAGAGCUGGAGGAAAUGGAAUAUGAGCCAGCUCAGAAGACAGAGAAGAAAAGGACAGUGUAUCAGAUGGCACUAAACAAGUUGGAUGAGAUUUUGGCUGCAGCCCAGCAAACCAUCAGUGUGAAUGAGAGCCCCAGCCCGGGCACACUGGCAUCACUGGGAACAUCACGGGCUGCAGGGAAGAGCUUUUUCUCCUCCGAGCCAAAUUUUGGACAGCAUAGAGUUUCAAGUGCACAAUCCGUGUAUGAGGGCCCACCAUACCUGUCCUCUUCACCCUCCCAGGCCAUGAUGCUGCGACAAAAGUCUAUUGGUGCUGUGGAUGAUGAAAAGCCAUUUUUGUCUGCACCCCCCAUGAAGUUCAACCGCAGUCUCUCUGUUCCUAGUUCAGAAGAUAUCCCACCCCCGCCUACUACAUCGCCCCCUGAUCCUCCAUAUAGCACUGCUCCCUCGCCUUCAGCCAGGGUUAGCCCAGUCGUGAGGUCUAACUUCAGCCAGGGUGGAGAUUCCAAGCUGUAUUCCCCUACAGUGCGACAAGAGACAGGACUUUUUGAGCAACAAAUGAUGGAAGCAUCUCAGCGACGUGAGAAGCUGCAGCAACUUUACCACCAAGAUUCUGAACAGGGAGCUGAUGAGCAGAUUCGAAUGGGUAUGGCUUCACAGGCGAACAUGAGAUCUUGGAGGUCCCAGGCACAGGAGAUGCGCUACUUUAAUCUACCUUCAAGAGCAGCCAGUACUGCAAUGUAUGUCCAACCAAAAGCAGUGCGUCGAAAAGGUCAACUGGUUAAACAAGUGAAGGUGGAGAAUGAACAACAACAGCACUUGCAACAGCAGCAGCAAUACCAGUCUCAUCACCAGCAGCCACAGGCCAUCAAGUCCCAUGAAAAAAGUUCUAUACCUAUACCUACUAUCAUUAUCAAAGCCCCAUCGACCAGUAGUAGUGGAAGAAGCAGCCAAGGGAGCAGCAUGGAGGCUGAAAGUCAGCCUGAUCCAAUCCCAUCUCUGCAACUGCGGGACAACAUUGAUUUCACAAGCCAGUUUGGAGCAGCCAUUGUUGGUGCAGCACGGCGGGACCGUGAAUGGUUUAAUGAAGCCCGCCGGAAGUCAUCUCUUUUUUUAUCCACGGAUGAAGAUAUAGAGCCCACACCUGCCCCUAGAUUGAAGCAAUCCAAAUCAAUUGAUGAGGGCAUGUUUUCUAGUGAACCAUACAUGCACUUGAAUGUUCCCCCCAAUUUUGUGGCCCCUGUAAAUAGAGACAUAACUAGUGGAUACUCCUACCAGACAAAAUCUGGCAAGGGAUAUGGGCCCAGUACCACUAGCGCAUUUAGCACUGUGUGUUCAACUUUUAUACCACAACUGCAGUCAUGUUCAAGUCCACUGUCCAUGUCUAAUGUUAACCCAGUUGGAGGAACCAGCCCACUUAUACAUCCUCUAACUGGGAAAGUCCUAGACCCUAGUUCUCCUCUAGGCCUUGCUUUGGCAGCAAGAGAAAGAGCUUUAAAAGAAUCACAGCAACAUAGUAGGAAUGAAAUAGAAGAGAGGAAAUCACGCCCAUCAUCGCCUCGGUUUCCUGAACAGAAAUCACCAAUAAAUUCCCGAAGCAGCUCGCCACAUCGUCUCUGGGAUUCGGGCCCAGUUAAAAGAAAAGAGAUAGAUUAUAAACCCUGCAUGGUUUCUCCAAGUGGUGAAAGAAAAUCAGAUGAGAGUUCCGGCCACCGGUCUCCUGCUCUCUUGUUGCUCCAAGGGGUUGAACAAGGUAAAGCCUGGGAGAAGAGGACAGAAGGCCAGGAAAAGAUUGAACUGCAUGUGCGCUUCAUGGAGAACUCCACCCACAAAGAAGAAGAACAACAACAUAAUAAAGUAUCCUUAUGUAGGGAAAUAAAGAACGAAAUGCCAAUAACCAACACAGCAAUGAACCAUCCCCCAUUAUCUAGCACAAAUCCGGAAACACGUGAAUCAAAUUCCAAAGAGAAUGGACUCCCUUUAUUAGUCUUGCCUCCCCCAGCCCCUUCUAUUGAUGUUGAUGAUGAUUUUUUAUUUACAGAGCCCCUCCCUCCUCCCUUAGAAUUUUCAAAUAGUUUUGACAAGCCUGACUCCCCACCAGGUGUAUCAGUUGGGGUUGCGACCCUUCCGCCUCCUGUGCCCCCGCCACCUCCUGACUCUGGUAAUACUCCUGCUUUAGACUCUACAACCUCUAGCCUCACUUCUUAUGACAGUGAAGUAGCCAACUUAACCCAGGAGACACCAGAACUUAAAGAACCUCAUGUCAAUUUUUCCUCUGUUGUGUCAUCAAUCCAAAUUCCAGCAUCAGACAAAAUAGAGACAGUGACUGAUUCUGGCAUUGAAGAGAUUGAUAGUCGAAGCAGUAGUGAUCAUCAUCUGGAGACUAUUAGUAGUGUCUCUACAUUAUCAAGUAUGUCAGGACUAUCAACAGAAGGGACAGAACUUCUGGACACAUACAUAACUUAUCUAGAUGGGCAAGCAUUUGGUGCUGAAAAGGCUGUCCUCCAAAAUAAGAUUCGCUCCCGGACAUUCCCAAGUAGAACACCUGGACUGCUCAGAGAUCCCAUUACUGCCACCAGCACCACUAUUUCCAUUGCUCCCUGCACGGAAAAUGUCUUCACACUGACACCAUCUAAAGGACCUUCACUCAGUGCUCCUUUAGAGACAGCCAAGGAUUCUCAGCGGAAAUCUCCCACACUCCCAUGGGAGGACUACACCCAUGAAAAAACAUCACCAGGCUCUACGGUUAAGGCAAACAUGAUCACCGAGUUAAGUUCAAAGCUUCACCAUAUGAGUGGGGUUUCAUGGUCAAGACCAGCAGAAUCUGCAUUAUCGUUUACAGAGAGACCCACUUCUCUGCAGAGACACAGGAUAGUUGAUGACUCUGCUGCUUCUUUAAUUUCUUCUAAACCUGUGAGUAGUUUAUUUCACAACUGGCCCAAGUCCCCACAGCCUACUCCAAAACACCCUAAAAGUGUGGAUUUUGACAUCCGUCCCACAUUGAGAAGAGCACCAAGCCCCUCAGCCUUGCCAACGGAGCACAAAAUAAGUCCAACUCCACGUCCAUCUUCUCUACCCAUCUUGCCUUCUGCCCCUGUUUACACGGGGGUCUAUGACCUAAGAGGCUCUCCCACAGCUGGAGGAGAUGCAUUCCCUGGCUUUCAAACGGGCAGUCGGUCCUUAUCGCCAACACAUUUCAUUCUACCCCCUACAGAAAAACCAUUUGCCACUAAGCCCAUUCACUUCUGGACAAAAUAUGAUGUGGCUGAUUGGUUGGACUAUUUAAACCUUGGUGAGCACCGAGAACAUUUCUUAGACAAUGAGAUUGAUGGCAGCCAUUUACCAUCCCUAACCAAGGAGGAUUACAUUGACCUGGGAGUAACCAGAGUUGGCCAUCGAAUGAACAUUGACCGAGCUCUGAAAUUCUUCUUGGAGAGGUGAUUUCAAGUCAUUUGAGUCAUAGUUUCUACAUCUCGGCAUCCAUCACUGCAAACCUAAAAAGGUUUGGUACAAGGUCCCAAGAGAGGAGUGUUUGAAUGUACUUUACUUUGAGUAAAAAUGAAAAGCAAAACGAGAAAAAUCUUAAAAACUAUUAUUGAAUAUAUACUUACAUAUAUAUAUAUAUAUAUGUAUCUAUAAAUACACAGAUAGAUAUAUAUAUAUAUAUAUAUAUAUAUAUACGUAACAAAAAAAAUGCACAGAAUUUUCAUGAAAUGAUUGAUUCACCAGCUGCUUAUUUUACUAUUUGGGGGCAAUGAAGGCUUUUAUCUUGAGCCAUGAGGUACACUCGGUAGCUGAAGGCACCGAUGGAUAAGGAAAUCACUCUAGCACUGCAGUGUUCCAUUUUCACUGUGCCCCACACUUUCUGUUUCUUACUUUGCUGUCAAUCUAGAAUGUAGUUGCAUAGGCAGAAAGUGAAACGCGUCUGCUGAAAAGAAUACUCAUACUUUUGUUUGAGGGGAGAAUAGGACAACAAGACAUUGAGGCAUAAGCAGAGUCUUCCCUUAAAUUGUGGUUGCAACAUCCAUAGUCUGUCAUAAAAAUGGUUGUGUACAAAUUUCUAGCCUAACUGUAUAUCAGGAGAUAAGCUGCCAAAGUAGCUUUUGUUUUCUUUGAGUAUAAUUGCCAUCUAAUCACUGUAUGCUGGUAUGAGGACAAGGAACAUUGCUUUUAAAAAUGUUAUAUAGAUUGGCAACCAGUGUUUAGAUUUUGUCAAAGUGCUUAGGGGUAAUAGCACUACAGUUUAAAAAACAGAGUACUAGUUAACCCUUAACUUAGGCAAUUAUCAUCCAUUUUUGUAAGCACUAUCAUUCUAGCAGCAUUUUUACAAGUGUCGCCAAAAUUGAACCACUUAUUUAAUGAAAUUCAGCAUUUUCACUGUCAUUUAAAAUUGCAAGUGUAACUUUUCUGAUAUUGACAUGGAUUAUGAGGCAUUUUCGAUCUGUAUGUUCAACGAACAUAUUUACCUUUAUGAUAAAGAGGUAGGAGUUAAAGAGGCAACUGUUGAUUUCCAAAUCACACUGGACCUUUUGAGUCAAGGUCUUGUUGGCCAUGUUGGAUUAAACUGUACCCAUCACCCACAUGGUGAUGGCAGCCAUUUUAUGACCUAAACCAAGAUUGAUGAACUAGGAACUAGUGGUAUCACUGAUGUAUGAUGGAAAGUAUUAUGAAAUCAUAGGCAUAACAGAAUGCAUUUGGCUUCUCAAAAUAUCAACACUAUGAAGUUUACUUUUUCUCACCGGCCCUAACAGUGUGUAGUUUGUAUAUUCUCCACAUACUUGCGUGGGUUUCCUCCGGGUACUCCGGUUUCCCCCCACAAUCCCAAAAUAUUCUUGUAGGUUAAUUGGCUCCCAACAAAAUGUAACCCUAGUGAGUAAGUUUAUGGGCAGACUAGAUGGGACAAGUGGUUCUUGUCUGCCAUCUAUGUUUCCUCCUGGUACCUGCAUUUCAUUUAUAUUGGUUCAGCAUACAAAAUGGCUGUCCUCACUGCAUGCAGAUGAAGGGUAGAUUUUAAAUACUAAGAAGCCUCUGAAUUUCUGGUAACUGUCAUGAAGGACAUGUUGAGGGGAAUCUGUGAUGAACAUUAUGCUUAUUAAGUAAUAGAUGGGGAUGGUCAGCCUUGCUCCUGCUUCAAUCACAACCUUCAAUGGUCACUUCUAUGCUUGUAAUAGGCAGUCCACUCUCUCCUGCUCUUUAGCCAAAGCCGAAAGACCACUGUGCUUUUGUGACUGAGAUCCUGAUUACUUUAGUCUCAGACACAAUACUUACUUUUAUUUUGUCUCAUAAUUAUUAGAUUUUUUUCUUUUUAAGGACUGUGGGCAGACUCAUUGUGGUCAAGCUUAAUGUCUAGUGGUAGUAGCCUCAUGUUAUCUGUGAGAAACAGGAUACUUGAGAUAAUCUGUCGAUAUCUGAGAUUUAUAGCCUUAUUUUAUAUUUAUUUUUAUUUAUAACUUAUAUAUGCAUGUGUGACUCACAGGAGACAAUACAGCUGAGCUGGAUUUCUCCAGAACAUGACAUUUUAAUAGUAUUUUUUUUUUUAGACAUGCUGAUAGUAGUCAAGAGCAUAUGUAUCUAGUGGGCAAAAGCAAUUAUCUGCUAAAAUGUUGGAUCUUUAAGGUACGAUGAUUACAAGUUCUCACUAGAAAACAUCUGCCGGAAACUGCAAGGACCGCAGUGUAAGCAUGUUGAUAAUUAUCUUCAGGAGCUGAGGAAUGAUUUCAGAGUCUGGCACUGGAAUCAAAAUGUUUUUCUGAUCCAUUUAUGUCUAUCUUACAAUAAGCAGAGCCAUGAAACUGUAUGGCAAACUCUGUAUCAGUGGUUACCAAACUUUGUUGAAUCACGGCACCAUAGAUUAUCAGCAAUUUUUCCAUGGCACCCCCAGGCCAAAUGUUUCAUUAAGUAAAUUGUGCUUACCAGUCCCCCCCUAGGAUCAGUUAUUAUGCUUAUUACGCUUCUCUUAUCCAUAUAGUUUAUGAGCGGCAGCCACCAGCACUGGUUUUGUCUUACACGUUGACCAAAAAUUCAUUUUUACUUUGUAAUGGACCACCAGCCUUUGGCACCCUGAAAGUGAUCUGCAGGACCCCAGAGUGCCACUGCACCCAGUUUGGGAACCAGUGCUCUAUAUGAAAAAUAUAUAAUAAGAUAAGUGACUUUCCAACUUUUGAUCAGUCACCAAAGCUGAUCAAUCUCCUAAAAACCAUUUGUGAAAACUCCCCACAGUAUCCAUCUCAGUACAUCCAGAGGCCUAGAGGAUGCAGACAUGAGUCCAGCUUCUCUAAUUUCACAGGUUCAGGUAUUUGUAUGGUGUAAAGUGUUUGCCUCCUUAGUAGUGGAAAACAAAAGGAGGAAAGUUUAACUUUUCAGAUUCCCUCGGUCAUUCAAGAUGUCAGGGAUAUGAUUCAUAUUGGCACUUUAUAGCUAUCAAACUGCGCUGCUCCUUCUUUCACCAACAGCCCAUUAUCCUUUCUUAAGGGCUCAGAAUUUUAACACUUUCUAUUUUUAUCUCUCUUCUCAUUGCCAAUAGGGUAGAACAUAUUGAUGUUACCGAAAAAUAUAUUCUUUAUAUACACACACACACACACACACACACACACACACACACACACACACACACACUCUCUAAGACUGUCUUCCAGAUGAUUGAGGGCAUCACAUUCUUGUUUCUUUAUAGAAUUUUUUUUUUAAUUUGUAUAAAAAUACAAGAAAUCAUUUACAUAGGCUAUAGUAUUUGGCAAAAAUGUACACUUAUAGUAUCUCUCAAAAUGAGGGGAAAAAAUCUACAUGUGAAACCUCUUUAAAAAAAAAUUAAUAAAAAUAGUUAUUUAACAUUUUGCACACCCUCUGCAGCAUGUCAGGAAAUGGAGCCAUGUGCUAGCGAUUAGCAUUUAUUUUUGUAAUGAUCAUCACUGACAAACUGUAUAAAACUGAGCAAGUAAAUGCAUUGCGCUUUGUUAGGUUAUUUUCAUUGGCUUUGUCCCGGUGCAGCUGAUGAGACGGAGAACAGUUGCAGUUGUGAGAUACACACAGCUUGGUCAUGUGAGGGCUUGAGCUGGCCACAAAUAAUGACUGGACACACAUGUUUAAAUAUGUCUGCUUAGCCCAAUUGCUGAAAUGCCAGAUCUGUGAGCAAUAUUGCCCUUUACGCGAUUACCAAAAUGUACAGAUCCAGGUAUUCAGUUGCCAGACAAAGUAGCUACAUCAAAUUGUGUAUUUGGCUGGUACGCAUUGCCAAUUCAAAUCUAAUGUACCAGUAUGCUAGAUUCAGUUUUGACCUGGCAUGAUGUUUGAACAAUUUGGUCAACAGUGACUAGAUUGACCAACCUUAUCUACUCGUGUGGUCACCCUUAAAUUAGCAGAAACUUAAGUCUCUUUGGCAAAUAAGGUGGCUCUGUGCGCAUAUAAUUGAGGUUAUAGUUCUUCUACAAGUAAAGAAAAAUACAGUUUUGUAUAUGCAGUAGUUUACGUCAAUAUACAUUUAGAUCUUUUCUUUUUUUCUUUUGAAUUAUGUUACCAAAUACAUGUUAUUUUUUAUAUGAAAAAGUUGUGUCCUCCUACAGAAAGUUGCAUUAGUUUCUUUGAAACAUCAAAUAAGUAUUUGUCUAGACAUUCACGUUUUAAAUACAGUUGUGUUUCACGUUAUCUCUGCUAAAAGGACAGUGCAGAAGGCUGUGCCAUGUUUAUCAGCGUGGUCUUUGUGGUAUUCAAACACAUUUUGGCAUAGACGUUCAUUGUCCUUUGGGCUUCACUAUUUGCCAAGUGGAUUUCUUGCACUAUACAUUGCAGGAAACCUCCUCUGGACUACCCCUGUGAGCCACAUAGUAAGUAUUUCUGGAACAAAAUGCACAGAUAGUUAUUUUCUUGUUAAACAUGAACUUCUGUGUAUAGUGAACAGUGUUGGACUGGGGCAUGAAGAGACCACCGGGAGAAUGUAGUGGUAUGGGCCUAUGUUUAGGGAUGUGGCCAGUAUCCAGAAGGGGUGUGGCCUGCCACCACCACAUUGGUUUUCCUAACCAUUAGAGAGUGCAUGGUUUGGUCCCCUUGAUAAAUACAUAUAGUUAAUACUGCUAGUGCAUACAUGACAAUGUACCAGAUUAGUAACAGCAAUGUACUGUAGAAAAUAGACCAUAGUCCUGUGCACUAUAAGGUAACAUAUGUAUAUAAAUACACAGUCUGGAACCUGAUCCCUAGGGGAAGAGGUGGGCCCACCGGGGGUUUCUCCUGUACCCAUGUGGGCUAGUCCAACACUAAUAGUGAAAGUGUUUUGCACCUAGAACUGGAGUCACCCUUUGAGUGUUCUCUGCUUGGAGGAAAUGUUAUAGCAGAUACCGGAAUCGUAGUUGGUAACGAUGGAGUCCUAAUACUAAAACAUAAAUAGGAAAACUGGAGGUAUUGUCCAUAGCAACCAAUCAUAUUCUAGCUAUCAUUUUGUAGAAUGCACUAGAUAAAUUAUAGCUACAUUCUAAUUGGUCACUAUGGGCAACACCUUCACUCUUCCAUAUUAGAAGUUUUAAUAAAUCUCCCUCUAAGCGGUUAUAAUGAGGCCCAACAGAAGAAUGAGUUGGUGAAAUGAGACAACUCAGCUAUACUACUUAUCACAAAAGGAGUCAGUUCAUUAACGAUUAGAGUAUUUACAAAGGGUUACUGAUCCUACAGUGUAAGUCAUGUCAAGAAUGCAUAGUCAUUGUUUAAUGAAUAGAAAUUGAUAUCAAUGCCAGAUUCAGUCUCUAUGCUCCUGCUCUAUUUUGCACGCAGCAGGAGCUGUUGGGGAAGGGAUGUGUGCCUCGGCUCCCACUGUGCAUGUCGGAGACGGGGUCGACUAUAGUAAAUAUUAUAUAGAUAUUUAAACCAUUAACUCCUACUUAAUUAGUUACUGUAUGGCAAACUCCUGGAACCCUUACAUGCUUAGUUUAUUACUACAAUUUAUCAAUUAAUUUUUUUUUAAGCUCUACAUACAUUAAAGCUGAAACAGUCUUGUUAGAUCAAUAGAGUAGAGGUUUAUUUUCAUAUCCCGUGGGGCCCUCUUACUACUAACAGGACUGAUACCUUCAUUUGAUUCUAAAUUUUAUUUGAAUUCCUCACUUUGUUAUAUACAUGACAGAGCUAUAUGAAAUACUUAAAGGGAAAGUGUGGUGGGGCUUUAAAGGUACCAUUACAUGUUGCUAUUUUAAUGGGCAGUUAGGUAAGUUUAGACCUGAUUGGCCACAAAAUGCAGCAUGCAUAGGGUAUCAGAUGUGAACCAAGACAACUGGUAAAUUAAGUCUGACCAUAAAUGUCUUUGCUAAUCGUGCCUUCCAUUGUCCGGCCAGAAUGGUUGGACCACACAUUUGGCCAUAAAUGUAUGUAUAAGUGUACGAUCAGUUAGGAUAGAAAUCUGGAUGCUAGAGGUCACUCUGUGUAUGAGCACCUUAAUUACCAUGUUGUUUACAAGGAUGUCAUUUGAUGGACUGGAUGGAUGUUAUCAGAGAGUAAUAACACACUAAAUAUUUAAUGACAGUACAGUAUACAUCUGCUUGUAAAAAUAGCUAUUAUCAUCAUCAUCAUCAUCAUCAUCAAUAUCAGAGCGCAUUUUCACCAGCCCUAUAUUCAGUGCAAAAUAUCCAUCUGACAUCAUAUGGAUCUUUGUUUACACUCAUCUCUGAGAAGCCCGGAAUUCCAUCUACAUGCCAACCGACCACUUACCCUACAUGAGAGUGGCCAGUACCCAUCAACUGACACCCACCCAGCCGCAAGUAGAGACACAUGACUCUGGUUUACCAUAGUAGCUCAAAGUUGUGUAUGCAAGCUCCAACGCUUGCACAGUUGCUAGGAAUCAGGACACCCGUCCACAACUUGGAUUUGAGUGAGACUCUGAAUGAGGCUUUCUGUUUUCUUAAUUUCUUUAAAUUCUUUAUUCUUUAUAUCACCAGUAUAGACAAAAACAAUCACAAUGAGUUAUAGAAGCAAGCCAGUAUUACAAGGAAAAUUAAUACAACAGCAGACAAAAUGUGUAGGCAGAACGAAAAACAGUACAUAACAGGGAUAUGGGAAAAAGGGUAAUAACAGGGAUACAAGGGGGAACAGGACUACAGGAAGAGAAUAAAUACCAUACUGAACAUUAGAUGUGGUGGAGUGAAUAUUAGGGAAAAAAAGAUGUCACGUAAGAAAGAGGGAGAAAGACGAGAGGUGAGAGCAAAUAGCAAUCAGGAAACGUCUGAGGAGAAGCAGGUAAAGCAUGUUGUCUCAUCGUGCAUAGGUCAGACGGAGGCGGUGGGUGCAAUAGGCAGAGAUGGAUACAGCUGAGUAAACAUGUGGUCACUGUCAUGGAGAAAAUAAUAGAUUUCCAUCUCCGCUAUAUGCCAGAUUUGUGAUUUGGGGGGCAGGGAGGGACAGAGGAAGGUUUUUUUUUCCAGUUGCGAGCUAUUAGACUUUUAGCAGCGACUAGAAUAUGUGACAACAAUUUGGUGGAAGGAGGGUAACUUAGAAGAAAGAUCCACGCAUCUUUUGGUAUUCAUUUUUUUAAGUCAUGAAGCAAAACAUUUUUACUCAUCUCUUACUGUGUCUUUUAUGCUCAGUGGAUACUUUGGGAAAAAAUUGUUGCACACUUAGGGAGUGUAUGCUGUUCCUUUUGACUCUGGAGUUUUCUCACCUUGUAGGGGUAUCAGUUCUAUGUUGACAAACCUGGGAGCUUGUAUUAAGCCACUUUCUCUGUUACAGCCAGGGCUGGACUUGCCAUCUGGCAUUUCUAGCAAAUGCCAGAAGGGGCGAUGGUUGGAUGGGCCAGUCCGGGAACGCAGAGAGUGGGGUGGCUGAGCUGUGAAACCUCUUGCGUCUUUGCUAGUUAAAAUGCCCACCCUCCUGCCCAUUUAUCUGUGGCCGGUAUUCAAAUAGUUGGGGUGUGCCGCCAGGCCAGGCCCCCCUGACUCGUGGGACACUUCCUCAGCCAUGGCCAUGCCCCCUUGUCCUACAGGGACAUGCCAGGGCUGCUCCAUGGCCUCAGUUCAUCCCUGGUUUCAGCAACAGAUAGUCCUACUGUCUAGUACUGUGGCUGGUUUAAUCAUUUGCCAUGGAUGUCAAAUGUCCUAUUUUUUUUUACAGUGCUGGUCCGGUUUCUCAUACUGGACCAGUGCGGAAAAUGCAGUUGGUAGGAGCGAUUGUUACGUCUGCUUAGCAUGAGGACAUAUAUGUAAUAAAAUGAAUAUGCUCUUUGAGAAAUAGGUGAAAUAUUUUAAUUGGGCUUUACUGUAAGUCCAGAAAUAUUUUGAAUGCCAGCUAAAGAUAGAAAAGUAAUACUCCAUGAUAAAAUACAAAAUUGCUUAAAUCAGUUAUUUUAUGUGGAAAACAAUAAUAUCAUCUACACUGAUAAAUGGAUCCCUAAAUCUGUAAAUAAAGUGCACAUAACUAAAUUUUGCUGUAAAUUAGAUGUUUACUCACAUAUAUAUCAUUAUUAAUAUUUAUUUACCUAAAUUCUUUGUAGUUUAUAAUAGUGUACUGUACAUAAUUUUGUUGUAACAAAAAAAAAAACAUUUUCCAAGGGAUUAGAUGGGUUAUUCAGUUGGCUGUGAAAAUGUGGUAAUUUACCUCAAAUACACUUUUUGCACCUAUUGCGUAAAGAAAUGGCUUUUCAACAGUUUUCGACAUUUUUCAACCUAUCCAAUUGCAAGUGUGUUAAAAUAGGAUUCGCGCAAUAAUUCUUGCCAGCAAAACCAGAGAAAAAUGUAGGUGAAAAUGGGGAAACAUAGGAUAACAGUCUAGAAGUGUAUUAGUAGUCAUAAUAAAAGUAUUUGGGAUAUUUAAAUUGGGUCAAAUGGCUGUUAUAUGCAGUUUUCAAAAAAGGGAAAAAAUGUUAGAAAGCAUGUGUUUUUCAGCAAAAUAAGUGCACAUAUUAAAUUAGGGGUACAUAAAAAUGGGUAUACAGUAAGUAUAUAUUUGGUUGUAAGCCAAGAAACACUUGUCUCACUCAUAAAGCACUCCAAUAUACCCAUGCCAUACCUUGUACCCCAAUUUCCAUUAUUUUGGCCCUCUUCACCCCAAAAAUGAUGUAUUUAUUGGUCAAAUAAAAAUAAUGAAACACUUCUAAGGGGUAUAUUCAAUUAGGGUCGAAAACUGCCGUCUAUCGAAAAGACGGCAGUUUUCGACUUUUUCAGGUCGAAUCGUGAUUCGACCUAUUCAAUCCCAGCUGUUUUUAUUCGACAAGUCUGGGAAUUCGACUUGACGAAUAGUACGUGAAUCGGCGGUAUAGCUGCUGAUUCACGUACUUUUGAGGGAAAUCGGGCCAAAUUUGACAGGAUUUGGCCCCGUUUCCGACCAUCUCAGUCCAACAUAAAAAAAAUGUUGGACUGAGAUGAGGAACUGUGGAGGAGAGGGGGGAGAGUCGCGGGGAGACGGGGGAAAGCCGCGGGCAGCCAGACGGGGAGAGCUGCGGACAGCCAGAUGGGGGGAGAGCAGUGCUGGAGGAUUUCACAGCUGCUGCUCACAGCAGCGUCCACCCGGCUCUAGCAAGUGAGACCCCGCUUGCUGGAGCCGGGAGGACACUGCCGUGAGCUGCGGCUGUGAUGCGGGGACGGGGAGCGGAGGGACGUGUGAGGCAGAGAGACAGGGGGGGAGACGCUGCUCUAGCGCUGCUCUCCCCAGUCUGCCCGCGGCUCUCCCCCGUCUAGCUCCUGCAUCUCAAUUCGACUUUUUUAAAAGUCGAAUUGAGAUGACAUUGAAUAACCCAAGUCGGAUCCAUUCCAACAAAUGAAUGUCGGAAUGGAUCUGACUUCAAUUGAAUAUACCUAUAAGUGCCUAAUUAGUCAUUGAGGAGGUGUCCAGGGAUUCUAAAUCAAAUCCCAACAUUUUUACCUAAAAAUAGAGAUUUUCACCAACUUUUCACCUGCUCAGAGGUGCUGAACAGAAAUUUGCGAUAAAACCUAUGACGAAUUAUUGCUGGUGAAUAAUUGAAUAGGUCCGUUUUUGCAAAUUGCAAUAAAAGCCAGUUUUUCUUGCGACAACAGGUUAUCAUUGCCAAUUGAAUAUCCUGCUAAGUCACUUAAAAAAAAUUAAAAAGUCUUUCUCAAAUUAGUUAUGAAAUAACAUUUUAAAAUAGUAGUUUAAAACAAUUGAGUUUGUUCACUUAAAGUAUAUGACAAAUUAUAUAUAUCUCUUAUGUGCAUGGGCCAUUUAUUUAUUUUAGAAUUGUAAAUUUAAAAGAAUGAAACCCAGUAAUGUAUCCUUAGUUAAAUAUAAUAAAUUUGCUAUAAAAUAAAUUGCAGAUAACCUACAGUAUUUAAGCCUAAAUCAAUGGAUAAUUUUAAAUGGCUUUAUUUUAUUGGUUUUGUAAUGAAAGAUUGAAGACUGUGCUGUUUUUCAUUACUUUUUUGUUUUGCUGUUAUGAAAAAUACAGAAUGUUGCUGAUGGGAAUUUUAAAACACUCCUUUAUAUUUAACCACAUUUCUUAGAAUUAAUCAUGUAACAGUGACUCAACUGUCAAUUAUAUCUAGAAAACAUUUUUUUUUCAAGAUGAAUACACUUGCUUGUCUCAGUCUUAGCCCCUGACCAUAAAAGUGGGUAUCUGCUGCAGAUCCACAGACAGAAAACAAGACACCUUUUGCCAAAUGUAGGUGUUGCCAACAAACAAUACUUAGGGAACAAGGUCAUAUAAUAAUAUCAUAGCAUUCAUUUAUUAUCAGCUAAAUCUAGCUUUGUAAAUCUGAACAAAAUUGCAAAAAAGAUAUAUCUUAUUUUUUAAAAUGCCGCAAUAAUGUAUAAAUACUAUCUGUAAAACGAUGUAGUGCAUGCUUUUAAACUAACAUAAUAUACAAGUUAUCGACUUUAAUAUCUGUCAGAUGUUAUAUGACAGUUAAUACUUGAAACAAUGUUAAUUAAUAACCGACGUGUGUGGUAGAG